AGGGGCGGGCUUCUGGCAAGGAGCUUUUUUACGAGUAUUUACUACAAGAAGGUCUACUCCAGAAGAUUAACAUCCCCGCUCCUGUCAGUUUCCGAUGGCCAUGCCCGGCUAAAAACAACCAUUAAGAUAAUCAAAUACAAGCCCAGGUUUUCUGCUCGUUGGCGAUCGUCAUUCGCCCUAAGGAAUGGCCGAACCUUUGGCGAAUGAGUUGGCGUCCGCAGCUGCCAGAGGGGACCUAGCGCAAGUUACUAAUUUGUUGGAAAAUAAUAUAAACGUCAAUGCACAAAAUGGAUUUGGGAGAACUGCGCUGCAGGUGGUGAAGCUGGGGAACCCGGAGAUCGCCAGGCAGUUGCUGCUGCGAGGCGCCGACCCGGAUCUGAAAGACCGCACCGGCUUCGCUGUCCUGCACGACGCGGCCCGGGCCGGCUUCCUCGACACGCUGCAGAUUUUGCUGGAGUUCCAAGCGGACGUGAACGUGGAGGACAACGAGGGCAACCUGCCGCUGCACUUGGCCGCCCAAGAGGGCCACCUGGCCGUCGUGGCCUUCCUUCUGGAGCGCACGGCCAGCCGGGUGGAGCAUCGUAACAAGAAGGGAGCCACCGCCUACGACCUGGCGAAGCUCUACAAGAGGCAGGCCGUCGCCAAACUGCUGGAGAACAGCAGGCGGAGGGAGGGCGCCCUCAGCGGAGACUGAAGCCCACCCCUUGCCCCGGACUCCAAAGUGCCCGCUUGUACACCUGUCGCCUCUGCUUUCCUCUCUUUCUCUCUUCAUCUUAAUCGAAGUAUACACGUAGGUGGGGUCGGUCUUUUUCAAAUGCAGACAUGGGGGUGAUAUUUUUUUCCUCUUGGGGGGGAAAAAAAACUACUCCAGUAGCAGCUUUUCUCGGAAGCAUCUUAUGAAUACUUUUUCUUUUUUUUUCUUUUUCAAGAAAAGUUUGCUUUUGCUGCUCAGCCCACCUUUCAUUUAAGGGAAG